AUGGCAAUCCAAGAAUCACACAUUAACAACUCACAAUACACACGCACUUUUCACCAAAACCUCUAUCGAUAUUAUUCUUUUCUCAACAAUAAUAAUUCUCAUGAUGGAACUUUUGUCCUUACCCAUCAACGUCACAAAAAGAAAGCUAUUCAUCAAAUCCUUAUUCCAGGACGUCUCCAACUAUGCACCAUCCACAUCGGUGGAUGCUUAUUGAAUAUAUUUAAUAUUUAUAACUACUCUGGAAAUGAAGAAGAAGAAAAUACUUUACUCGAGAAAUUAUCUGAAACCCUAUCAACCCUAAAUCACCAACCAAUAAUAGUGAUUGUUGACAUGAAUUUUAGUUCAGAAGGAAAUGCUUACAAAGACACCAAGUGGAAAACAUUUAUGGACCAACAUAACCUAAAAGAAAGAGAAACAAUAAUUCCAUCCUACAUCAGAAAAUACACAUCACAAAACAAAAUAUUAGAAACAAUCUCAAGACCUGACCACCUAUUCCACUCGAGUCACAUUGAAAUAGAACAUGAGCAAGCUUUACCACUCGUCACAACAAAUGACCACAUACCAAUCAUGUUCAAAUUUAAAUUAUUAAUUCCAACAACCUGGAAACGAAUAAUCAGCGAUGAGCAAAGUGUUGCAAAAAAACUCGAAGAAAUUUUGAAAUCUCUUCCCGUCAACAACAAUGAAUUGAAAAAACUCAAUCAUGAGAUCAAGAACCAAUCUCAUAAACCACAUCCUAUUAAGGGAUUUAAGGAAUCUGAAAUCAUUACCAAUUUGAAACAACAGCUCCAUAAUCUCCAUGAACAGAAAUUAUCCGAAACAACCCAAGAUGAAUCCACUAUCAAAAGAUCUAUAAAGGAAACAAAGAAGAAACUCAAAGAACAAUAUAACCUUGAAUUUGCGGAAUAUAGAAAAAAGUUCAUAGAUUCCAUUAAUAACAAACACACCAAAGGAAUCCACAACUUCGAUCACCAUCUCAAAUACAAGGAAAUUGAUUGGAAUUCAACCAAAAUAACAAAAGAAGGAGCUGUGAACUACUUUAAAAACAAAUUCACCUCAAAACUAGAUGACAAAACAGAAAUUAAAUUUAAACCAGGUGAAUCAACAGUUAAAGAAGGACCGUCCAACAUUACAAUAACUAAAGAAGAUGUUACGGACGCGUUGAAAAGAAUGAAAUCAACAACACAAGGGGUAGAUUUCACAACAAAACAGAUAUUUGAAAAUAUCAAUCCCAAUAAUUUAGCAUCAGCAUUUAAUGACAUGAUCCAAAAUCAAGACAUCCCAAAAUGCUGGAAACAAGGAUGGGUUAAAUUAAUCGGAAAAAAAGAUAUAAUCACAGACUACAAAGAUCUAAGACCAAUCACAAUCAUGAAUAUUGGAUAUAGACUCCUAUUCAACAUUAUAACAUUCAAACUUAAAGAUUGGGCCGAAUCAAAUAUCAACAUUAGACAACAAGCAUUCACCCAAAAUCGAGAAACAACAAAUCACUGCAUCCUCAUACAAGCCCUCAUUAACAAAUUCAAAAAGAAAGGAUUCAUUCUAACCAAUAUAGAUAUUGCUGCUGCAUAUGAUUCCAUUGAACUCAAAAUCAUUGACAUGGCGCUCACCCACUGCAAAUUCCCCCAAGAACUUAAAAACUUCAUCAUUAAUGCUUACUCAAAUCAUCAAAUCCAAAUAGAAUGGAAUCAUACACUAUCAGAAAAAUUCACCAAAACAAGAGGAAUCCCACAAGGAUGUCCUCUAGCUCCUCUAAUCUAUAACUGCAUCUCCCAAAUGAUUAUUGAUAAAAUUAUUGAAAGAGAAAAACUCCCAAUCACUCCACAAGAUCUAGACAUUGAUGAUAUUGCCACACUUUGUUUUGCCGAUGAUAUGUCAAUUAUCAAUUCUAACAUUACUCUCCACAACAAAAGACUCAAGAAAAUUAACAGAUGGUUCAAACAAAUAUUCCUAGAAAUUAAUCCAUCCAAAUCAGUUACAACUUCACUCCCUAAACCAAAUGAGGCCUUGAUUAACAAUACCAAAAUUCCAAACCAAGACAACCAAAGAAUCCUCGGAGGAUAUCUUUUUGAAUCUAAAUUAUUUAAGGAAGAACUAGAAAAAAGGAAACAUAAGAUGAUGAAUAUCCUUAACAUCCUCCCAAUUAAUCUGAUUCAACCAUAUAAUCUCAAACAAGUAGUCACAUCUAAAACCUUAUCCCAAAUUAGACACCUUGCACGCAGUAAUUCAAUAAACCAAUCCCAAAUAGAAUCAUUCGACUCUUCAAUCAGAAACCAAAUCAAAAGAAAACUAAAUAUUGAUGCAAGAACACCUAAAGAAUGCCUAUACUUACCAAUCUACCAAGGAGGAAUGGGUAUUCCAUGCCUUGAAAUGAUGACUGAUAUCAUAACCCUAAGAUCAUUAAUUAAUAUCUCAUGUCACAAUUACCAACUCAUGCAAGAAGCGGUAAAUGAUGCUAUCACAUCAACAUUCAACACCAAAAAAUCCAAAAACCUAAAUAUAUUUGAAAACUUCCACCACAUAGCAAGGAAGUAUGAGCUUAAAGUUGAUAACUGCAACUACAUACCUCAACUUGUAAAUGAAGAAUCACUAAAAUACCAUAAGAAAUGUAAAAACUUUGAAGUAUGGACUGAUGGAUCUAAAACUGAACAAGGAACUGGAUUUGGUAUUAUUUUACAGUCCAAAAAUAUAAUAACUAGACACAAAUUCAAACUUGACCCAAUCCAUAGCAAUAACUUAGCUGAACUACUAAGUAUUGUCUACACUCUCCGAUUAUUACCAACAAAAUCAAAAGCAAAAAUCUACACAGACAGCGAAGUAAGUAUCAAUUUGCUAUCAAAUCCUAAAUACCGAGGACCAUUUCUCCCCCUUAAAACUGAAUUUGAAUUCCUCAAGAAAUCUAAAAACCUACAAAUCACCAUCAUCAAAGUUAAAGGCCACCAAAAUAGUGGUAACAUUCACGUAGACAAAUUAGCCAAAAAGGGAUGCACAUCAGGAAAAUUGAUAAUUCCUCACAGACAACUUACCCAAAACCAAAUUAUCCUCAAAUCCAAUAACCACUGGAUUCCAGAUAUUGCAACAUUCAUCAAGAACAAACAACUUCAGAAAUGGAAUGAAUCAAUAACUUUGAAGAGCAGGAAUAAGUUUAACCCUUCUUGCAUCUUCCCAACAACAUUCAAUUUCAUGAAGUCAAAGAAUAUCUCUCCCCAACAAAAAUAUGCAAUCUGGAGAAACAUGCACAAUGCUCACAUGAAAACAUUUAAACAACAAACUCACACCUGCCCCAGAUGUAAUUGCACCGGAACUAUUGAACAUUAUUCCACACGUUGCAUAUUACUAUCGGAGGAAAGAAUGUAUGCUAAACAACAGAUGAAGAGGCUUCUAAACAUUGAAUUGAUUCCCCAUGACCGAAAUGAAAUUCUAACCUCCUCCAAAUUCCUUAUCGACAGCAGAGGAAUCAUUCUUAACUCCGACACAUAUUUUACAAGAAGAAAACAGGACAUCAUCAAGUACUGGGUAGACAUUCAAGCAAUUCUAUCGCUCUUGAUGGGUAGAGCUUUUAAUCAAUACUUCUGCAGAUUCUUCGUCGCAAUUUCAUCUGAUGCGAGAGGUUCUUCAUCGUUUGUUGCAUUUGUGUCUCCAUUCCUAGAAAUUGCUUGUUGUAAAUUUAGGACAGGCAUUUUCAAAGACAGCGUUUUCUUCGACAAGGGAUGGAGAGGUUUUGAGAAAUCAGAGCCCGGCGCUUUCUAUUCUCUCGCUGCUUUCUGUGUUGCUUCUUUCUUUCCCCUAGUUUCAUAUUUCGGAUUCAAGUGGCUUGGCGGAAUUGAUAUCACCAAAGCUUAUCCACAUAUUGACUCGAGAGAAAAAUUUGUCUUCUUUAACGACAAGGCAUCUGGAAAGGAUGACAUUGGAGCAGUAUUUGAAUAUCAUUAUGAUGAUGGAACCAAACAAGUAGUCUUCAAAAAGUAA